AUGCCCCUACAACCACAAAGUCUUGAUGAUAUUGAUAUUCUUGAUUCACUUUGUAAAACAUUAAGUGGAGAAAACUUUUUAGUAGGAGAUUUUAUAAUAGCACCUUCAAGACCGUCACAUCUAUUUUUUGUCAAUUGUAUACAAUUCACACUUCAAGCACUAUUUCAGUAUUUAAUCGAAUUUGUAGAAGAAAAUAGUCUCUCAUUAAAACCUACCACAAUUCUUACAGAAUUUGAACUCGCUAGAAAGAUCCAAGAAAAUAAACUAUCAAUUCAGUAUGGUAAAGAUGAGAAUUUUAGCAUCAAGCUGCGUAGUUUAUUCGCAUUAGCAUUUUUACUAUCAAAUGAAAUUUCUGCAGCCUUUGAUGCUUUAAAAGAAGAAAUGCCUACAGAAACUAAAGAUAUAGUACAAUGGCUUGAGAACAAUUAUAUAUAUGGAAAAAAAAUAAGACAAAUGCAUAAUGGUAAUAUUAGCAGUGCACCACCUCUUUAUCCACCACAAAUGUGGUCUGUACAUAACUCCAUGGAACUAGGUAUUCCCCAAACACAAAACAUUGUCGAAGCAUGA